AUGGCGGCGCGGCCGUGGCCGCUGCUACUGCUGCUGCUGCUGGCGGGGCCGGAGCCGGGCCCGGGCGGCUCCUCCGGGCGGCUCCGCCUGGGGCUGGGGCCCGGCCCGGCCCUCGGGUAUUUCCCCGAGGAGCGCUGGAACCCGGAGUCGCCGCUGCGGCCGCCGCGCGUGGCCGUGGCGCUGCUGGCGCGGAACGCGGCCCACGCGCUGCCGCUGGUGCUGGGGGGGCUCGAGAGGCUGCGGCACCCCAAGGACAGGAUGGCGCUCUGGGUGGCCGCUGACCACAGCGUGGACAACACGUCGUCGCUGCUGGCCGAGUGGCUGGGCCGCGUGCGGGGUCGCUACCACCGCGUGCUCUGGAGGCACCAGGAGGAGCCCACGUCGUUCCCGGACGAGGAGGGCCCCAAGCACUGGAGCCCCGCGCGCUACGAGCACGUGAUGAGGCUGCGCCAGGAGGCCCUGGAGGCCGCCCGGGCCAUGUGGGCCGAUUACCUGCUGUUCCUGGACGCUGACAAUGUCCUGGUGAACCCCGACACGCUGGCCGUGCUGGUGGCCGAGAACAGAACGGUGGUGGCGCCCAUGCUGGACUCGCGCGCGGCCUACUCCAACUUCUGGUGCGGCAUCACCCCGCAGGGCUAUUACCGGCGCACGGCCGCCUACCUGCCGAUCCGGCGCCGGGAGCGCCGCGGCUGCUUCGCGGUGCCCAUGGUGCACUCGACGUUCCUGCUGGACCUGCGCCGGGAGCGCGCGCGGCGCCUGGCCUUCCACCCGCCCCCGCCCGGCUACGGCGGGCCCUGGGACGACAUCCUGGUGUUCGCCGCCGCCUGCCGGCACGCCGGGGUGCAGAUGUUCGUGUCCAACCGGGAGCAGUUCGGGUUCCUGCCGGUGCCGCUGCGCUCCCAGAGCUCCCUGCGGGACGAGGCCGAGAACUUCCUGCACGUCCAGCUGGAGAUCAUGGUGAAGCUGCCUCCGGCCGAGCCCUCCCCACACGUGUGGGUCCCUCCCAAGGUCCUGGACAAGCUGGGAUUUGAUGAGGUGUUCCUGAUCAACCUGCGCCGCCGUCCGUGGCGCCGGGCGCGGAUGCUGCGGACGCUGCACGAGCUGGGGGUGAGCCCCAAACUGGUGGAGGCCGUGGACGGACGGGCGCUGAACCGCAGCCAGGUGGAGGCGCUGGGGGUGCGGAUGCUGCCGGGCUACCGGGACCCCUUCCACGGGCGGGCGCUGACCCACGGCGAGGUGGGCUGCUUCCUGAGCCACCACCGCGUCUGGCAGGAGAUCUCGGCGCGGGGCCUGCAGCGCUCGCUGGUGUUCGAGGACGAUCUGCGCUUCGAGGUUUUCUUCCGCAGCCGCCUGGCGGAGCUGAUGGAGCAGCUGGAGCAGGCGGCCAUCGAGUGGGACCUCAUCUACCUGGGCCGGAAGCGGCUGGAGCCCGAGCGCUCGGAGGGCGCCGUGCCGGGCGUGCGGCAGCUGCUGCGCCCGG